AUGAACGAAAAGUAUAAUUUAACAUUUUUUAAAGCCUUAUUUCCUGGAUUGCCAGGAUGGUUGGCAGACGUGGAUUUAUCACAAAUAUCAAAAAAUCCAGAAGAAAAGCAACAAUAUUACAUGAGUUUGUCUGGAUAUAUUAUGAAACAAUAUAUAUUGGGAUAUUUUAUUGGACACUCUCAUUUGGAUCAUGUUGCUGGAUUAAGCAUUGUAGCGUCUCAAGAAGUAGCAACUGCCUUAAAUUCAAGCAUGUUCAAUAACAUCAUGUGGCCAAACAUUCCUAAAUUUACAAAUUGGUAUCAAUAUCAAACCAUUACAUUUGGAAACUUAUAUUAUGUCAGCGAUUUACUGUACAUGUCAAGCAAUAAGUUUGACAAAAACUCAAAUGGAGUUCGCCAACUACCAUCCACAAGCAAUUACUAUUUUUCAGAUACAACGGUAAAAGUAUUUCCUCUUUGCCAUGAUGUAGCAACAUCAUCAGCAUUCUUAUUUGAGAAAUCCGAUGUGCAACUAGUUUAUUUUUCUCAUACAGGCCCAAACACUGGAAUAAGCUGUGAUUGGCGUUCCAAAGUGACAGCGGUUUGGAAUAGUGUCGACAUUGCAAAGCUUUCAGCAAUAUUCAUUGAGGUCAGCUUUUCAAAUGACGUAUCUGAUAACUCGUUAUUCGGACAUUUAAGACCAAAGGAUUUAAUUCAACUAUUGUUGGAGCUUAAAAGCUUAAAAGGUUCACCUUCUCUCUCAAAACUGAACGUUAUCAUUACUCACAUCAAACCAACAUUUACAACCUUAUUUUCCGAAAGCAAUAGAGCAAUUAUUACUCGCCAACUUAAUCAAGAGGCCAAACAAGUGCAAUUGGAUUGCAACUUUGUAUAUCCAAAACAAGGAGAUUUUAUGUGUCUUGAGAAAUGA